AAAACAUCCCAUAAGCACUAUGGCUAGAUUUGUUUAUGCCUUUUUUCUCAUGCUUGUUAUAACUUUUGUUAUACAAGAUGUCUAUGGUGGUGGAGAAGGAUCGCUGCGUCCCGAACAAUGUGCGGGUGCGUGUGACUAUCGUUGCUCAAAAACUCAGUACCACAAGGCAUGUAUAACCUAUUGCAACAUUUGUUGUGAAAAAUGUUUGUGUGUUCCAUCAGGAACAUAUGGUCACAAGGAAGAGUGUCCAUGUUAUGAUCAUUGGAAAACUAAGAGAGGAACACCCAAGUGCCCCUAAUUUUUAGUCCAUUGU